UGGACCAAGAUGACUGAUGGGAAUCUUUCCACUUCAGCAAAUGGCUUAAGCUCCAUGAAAGUUCUGGAUGAGAGAUCAGGCUUUCAUAUUCAGAAUCAUCAACAUUUGAAUUUAAAGACCCCUAGAUCCCUUUCAUUACCUGACUAUAAACCCAAGUUGAAACUCAGUGAUUUAGAUGAUAAACAUAGCCUUAAAUCAGUGGAUUCAGGUAUUCCAACCCUGGAAAUAGGGGACCCAGAACCUGUCCAUUGCAGCGUGUUAAAUGUUAAAAGAAAACCAUCUGAGCCAGAAAUUGUCCCUGAUCGAACUUUUCAGAGUGCAGGCACACUCCCAUCAUAUGUGCCUCCCCUUUCCACAAACACUGAACAGGAGCAUCGUGUACGGAAAUCUUCUACUUUUCCAAGAACUGGGUAUGACACAGUGAAGCUCUACAGUCCCACCUCUAAAGUUCUGACUCGAAGUGAUGAUAUCUCUGUAUGCAGUGUCUCAAGUCUCAGUACUGAACUGUCCACAACCUUAUCGGUUAGUAAUGAAGAUAUCUUAGAUUUGGUUGUCACGAGCAAUUCAAGUGCAAUUGUGACUCUUGAGAAUGAUGAAGCUCAUUUUUCGGAUAUCACGUUGAACUCCUCAAAAGAAAUAAAUGAUCAAAAUCUGCAUGCCUGUGGUGAAGAAACAGAAGGGGAUAGUAAAUUGAAAAUUUGGGGACCAUUUACUACCUUCUUUACAAGGAAUUUGUUUGCUAGAAAGCAAAAUGCAAGACUUGACACACACAGUGACUUGGGUUGGAAGCUGUUUGGGAAAGUACCACUUCAAGACAAUUGUCAGAAAGACUCCAAGAAAACACCAAAGGAAUAUGAAGAAGAAGCUGGACGACCUCACAAACCGCUUUCUCCUAAACAGAAUGUGAGGAAAAAUCUUGAUUUUGAACCACUUUCCACCACUGCUCUUAUCUUAGAAGACAGACCAGCAAAUCUCCCUGCAAAACCAGCAGAAGAAGCUCAGAAACACAGACAGCAAUACGAAGAAAUGGUGGUUCAGGCCAAAAAAAGAGAGCUUAAAGAAGCGCAGAGGAGGAAAAAACAACAGGAAGAGAGGUGUCGAUUGGAAGAAAGCAUCGGAAAUGCUGUCUUGAUUUGGAACAAUGAAAUUUUACCUAACUGGGAAACAAUGUGCUGUUCUCGAAAAGUUCGAGAAUUAUGGUGGCAGGGUAUUCCUCCAAGCGUGAGAGGUAAAGUCUGGAGCUUGGCAAUAGGGAAUGAGUUGAAUAUUACCCAUGAACUCUAUGACAUUUGCCUAGCUCGAGCCAAGGAAAAGUGGCGGUCUCUCAGUACUGGAGCUUCUGAAGCAGAGAAUGAAGAUGCAAGUUUUUCUGCGGCUGACAGAGAAGCCAGUCUGGAACUAAUCAAACUGGAUAUUUCUAGAACAUUUCCUAAUCUCUGUAUUUUCCAACAAGGUGGUCCAUAUCAUGACAUGUUGCACAGUAUUUUGGGCGCUUAUACUUGUUACAGACCGGAUGUUGGUUAUGUUCAGGGCAUGUCAUUUAUAGCAGCAGUGUUGAUUCUGAACUUAGAUACUGCAGAUGCCUUUAUUGCAUUUUCUAAUCUUUUGAAUAAGCCUUGUCAAAUGGCUUUUUUUCGAGUGGACCAUGGCCUUAUGUUGACAUACUUUGCAGCAUUUGAGGUAUUCUUUGAAGAAAAUCUGCCAAAAUUAUUUGCCCAUUUCAAGAAACAUAACCUAACUCCAGACAUCUAUCUAAUUGACUGGAUUUUUACGUUGUAUAGUAAAUCUUUGCCACUUGAUCUGGCAUGUCGAAUAUGGGACGUGUUCUGUCGUGAUGGUGAAGAGUUUCUGUUCCGUACUGCCCUGGGAAUACUCAAACUAUUUGAAGAUAUUUUGACCAAAAUGGAUUUUAUUCACAUAGCCCAGUUCCUCACUAAGUUACCAGAAGAUUUGCCUUCAGAAGAGUUCUUUUCAUCUAUUGCUGCAAUUCAGAUGCAAAGUAGAAACAAAAAGUGGGCUCAGGUACUGCUCGCAUUGCAGAAAGACAACCGGGACAUGGAAAGGGGAAGCCCUUCCCUAAGACACUGA